AGUAAAAAUCUGAACACCUUCCUUUGCUUUUCCCCCAAAUUGAUUAUUUAUGAGAGACUUAAAUAUUAGAAACAAACCCCCCCAACAAAUUAAAAAAACGUGGCGCCUUCUUGGUGUGCAGACAGGUCAUGUCACUAUGCAUGAGGAGGCUCACUGAUGGGAUCACUCCUCUGAUGACCUGCACGCGUGGUGCAUGAGCUCCUGUGAUUGGCUGCUCUGAUUUCCCUGGAGGAGGAGGAGUGAGCGCGCCUCACUGCGUCUGAUCACCACUUGUACUCAAUUACCAAUUACCAACUUCAAAAACUUUGUGACGCGCGCUCGGCGCCGUGUGUCUGUGCUGUCUUUUUUUUUUACAUCGUUAUAACAACGUCAACAACUCAAACCAUGUCACUGGAAGGCAGAAAACAUUUGGCCGAGGAAGGAGCUAGAAUGAACGGCAUGGUUUGGGGACUCUAUCAUCAUCACCUGCCGCGCUUCAUGGAGUCUGACAGCAAAAGUUUCCAACCCUGGAGAGACUACAUAGGACUAUCGGACACAAUCAAAGAGAUGCUUGGCCGACACAACGCCAGUGAGUCUCCACUGCCGGCCUCCAAAGCUCCGCACCCAGAGCCUGCUGGUGACCUGUGCGAGGCACUCCAGUCCGUGCGCAUUAACGCAAACGUGUGCCAAAGUCUCUCACUCUCUGGUGAGUCUACCGGGCUGCCGGGCUCUCCUCUGGCUCCUCAACGCCCACCUGGUGACGGACUGUGGUUCGCUGCAAACCCCUUCCGCGCUGAUGAUGCUACACCAGACGCGGUGGACUUGAGGAAGCGAGUGGUGCCAAAACUAAAAGAGCGCAACAACAAAAGCGCUCGUUUCAAAACACCAUUGGACCCGCCGUUGUUGUUGUCCGCGUCGCCUCCUGAGCGCACCUUCUGCAGCUUCUGCAAGCACAACGGAGAGUCCGAGUUGGUGUGCGGCUCCCACAGGCUGAAGAACCAGGCCGGGGAUGUUUUGUGUCCUUAUCUGCGGCAGUAUGUGUGUCCUCUGUGCGGAGCCACGGGAGCCAAAGCUCACACCAAGCGCUUCUGUCCCAAAGUGGACAGCGCCUACAGCUCCGUGUACGCCAAGAGCAGACGCUGAGCCAACAGGUGGCAAUAAGACACAUAGGGCUGAAUCCUCCUUUAUUCAGUGUGGUUUUUGUUUAUUAGCACGUGUGUGGUUUGGUUUUCAUGUUGCAUGCUUUGGCACGUUUGCAGUGCAGCCUUCCUUCUAUGAUGCUGAUUGGAGUUAUUUUCCAGCUGGUCUUUCUGUGAGAGCGUACCUUUGGAUUUUGUUGAGUUCUUUCAACAACGACUGCCAGAUAUGAUGUUUGGGAGGAGAAAAAAAAAAGAUAUUUCAAAGAAAAAUGUUUGUUUUACAUAUUUUUAAAACGUGGCCACCUGCUGUCCAUAUUCAUAUAUCUCCUGUCCAUGCAUUAGAGGAUUAUUAUAACACUUAUCAAACCUUUUCUAAGACGUACAGUCAUCAGUGAUAACUUACUUACUAUACAGCAUAAUAGGCUUAACAUUAUGUGACCAUGUAAGCAUUUUAAAUUUUUUAAAAAUAUGAGUGACUUGUUCUUGUUCUGAGGUGUGGAGUAAAUACCUGUUCCUGCAUGAAGCAUAUUAUUUUAUUUUGAAUAUUGUAACUGUGGCUCUUCUAAAAAAAUGCCAUGUCAGCUCUUCUCACUUUGUGAAAAAGAAAUGUGUGUGAAAAAAAUCUGUGUGAAAUUAUUGUAUGCCCAAAUUUAUAAAUAUCUAAAUUGACAACA